AACACAUACAAAACGAAUGCUGAUGACCUUCUUUUCGUCUUCGCAGAAAACCAUGGCUUCUUCUCUGUCUAGGCUCCUCUUCUUCUCUUUCUUCUCUUUGAUCUCUCUUCUUUCCUCCAUUUCUUCAUUAGCUCAUGACAAAUCCACCACUUUAACACUAUCUCUCACACAAUUUAACAAGAACCCAUCUGCAGAUCCAUGGGAGAGGCUCACCCAUCUGGCUUCCGCCUCUUUAAUCAGAGCCCGACACCUGAAAAGCCCUCAAAGCUCUGUUCUCUCUAAAACCCCUCUUUUCCCUCACAGCUAUGGAGGAUACUCCAUUUCUCUCAGCUUCGGUACUCCAUCUCAGACCGUCCCCUUUGUCAUGGACACAGGUAGUGAUCUGGUCUGGUUCCCCUGUACCCACCGCUAUAUCUGCAGGAACUGCUCUUUUGCAAAUCAGAAUCCUUCAAGCAUCCAGACUUUUAUCCCCAAAUUGUCGUCUUCCACAAGGAUUGUGGGCUGCCAAAAUCCGAAAUGCAGUUGGCUUCACAGCUCUGAUGUCCAAUCGAGAUGCAGUGGUUGCGAAUCCAAUUCGAGAAAUUGCUCACAGAUCUGCCCUCCUUACAUAAUCACCUACGGUUCCGGAUCAACUGGUGGUAUUCUACUCUCUGAAACCCUCGAUUUUCCAAAGAGAAAGGUACCUGAUUUCAUCGUCGGAUGCUCUGUUUUCUCCACACGUCAACCCUCUGGAAUAGCCGGAUUCGGGAGAGGCCCAUCGUCGAUACCGUCGCAGCUCCACCUGAAGAAGUUCUCUUACUGUCUCCUCUCUCACCGCCUCGACGAUACUAGCCAAAGCAGUUCACUCAUCUUAACUGAUAACUCAGAUUCCGGCAACAAUAAGACUGGCGGCGUCAGCUACACACCGUUCGUGAAGAACCCAGUCACUGGAAGACCUGCAUUCUCAGUCUACUACUACCUUGGCCUGAGACAAAUCACCGUCGGAGGGAAAAAGGUGAAGAUUCCUUACAACUCUCUCUCACUGGGAUCCGACGGUAAUGGCGGAACGAUUAUAGAUUCAGGGUCGACGUUCACGUUCAUGGAGAAACGAGUGUUCGAUUUGGUGGCUCAAGAAUUUGAAACCCAAGUGAAGAGUUAUAAGAGAGCUCUCAACAUGGAAGCGCUCACUGGGUUGCGACCCUGUUUCGAUAUAUCGGCGGCGAAGGAUGUGUCGUUACCGGAACUGGUUUUCCACUUCAAGGGAGGAGCAAAGAUGGCUUUGCCGUUGGCUAAUUAUUACUCCAUUUUUGGAAAUACUGGGAUUGUGUGUAUGACUCUGGUGACUGACGGUAUCGAAGGACCCGAAAUAUCGGGUGGACCUUCGAUUAUUUUGGGCAACUAUCAGCAGCAAAACUUUUAUGUGGAGUACGACUUGGAGAAACAGAGAUUAGGGUUUCGGCAGCAGAGUUGUGGCGGCGAGUGAUACGAGAAAUUGUAGCGUAUCGGUUGUUGGGUCUUGACUCCUCACUCAUUUUCGUAAAUGCCAACGAUAGCUGUCGGUCGUUAUUUGAUUUGAUUUGAUUUAAACAGUUGGAACUUGGAACAUGAAAAAUUAGGUGUUUUAUUAAAAAGAACUUUUAAGGGUUAUGAUUAUAAUCAUAAAAAUGAUGACCAGCUUUCUUAGAAGAAGAAGAUGUUGGAUUUUCAGUUCUUCCCCACCCGCUCUCUCCCCCUUUGUUUUUUGAUAAGGUCUGUCUCCCCUUUCUAGUGAAAAGACUCUUUUGCCCCUCUUUUUUUUCA